AUGUUGGCAUAGUAAAAGGACCAAGCAUUGACAUCACUAAACAUGCAAGCAGAUAAUGAAAAAGUGAAACAGAACACAAGAUUGCAGAGCAAUCUCCAUCACUUUUAACCAACAAAUUCUCCCUUUCCUGUCCAAAUUUCUCAAAAUUCUCAACGCCACCCCUUUUUCCCUGCCUCGAUUCCUGCAAUUCAACACUAAUUUCAUCCCAAUUUGGAUUAAUUUAUGGAUCAGAUGCACGAUUCUCAUCUUAUAUAGCACUUUCGUAUAUUAUUACACAAAGAUCCCGAUUGUUGCAACAGUUUAUCGCACAAUUCCUCAUCGAUUGCAUCCAAUUCGAGAAAACCGUAUAGAUUUUAUCAUUUCAGGCCACGAUGUCUGCGUUAUGGAGAUUCAGGAAGCUUCGAGAAGUUAUCGAUUCCACCAGAUUCCACCUAGGGUUUGUCAAAUUAACCGCCGGAAUUGAUCGUCCGUACAUUCCGUUAAUCGGUGUGCAAGCUCGGUACAAAUCGGAGCACGGCGGCGGCGGUGCUGGUGGUGGUGGUUUUGAUGAUAAUAACGGUAAAACGACGUCGUCGAUGACACGUAGGAUUAAAACGGAAGCUAAUUGCCCUCGGUGUUGUAAACCGAUGGAUCUGAUAUUUUCCGAUAACCGCAACGUCAUUCCGCCACCAGUUUCACCGGAAAUUGAUCCUCGAGAUGAGUGGGAAACACCGCCGAAUCCCAGUGCUUAUGAUGCAGAUAGAAAGUUAGGUAAUCAGGCGGUUAGUUUGUGUCCUAAUUGUAAAUCUGCUUAUUAUUUCCGUCCGUACAAAAUGGCUCCACUACAGGGUAGGUUUAUUGAGAUUGGUAGGUUUAGAAGUGCUGGAAAUGGGAAAGAUAAGAAGAAUAAUAACAGUGAUGAGGAUAAUAUUACUGCGAAUAAGCUUAAGGCGUCGUUUUGGGAGACGUUGCGGAAUUACGGCGGUGAUCCACCGGAGAAUUGGGGGAAUCUUCCUCCGGCUACUCAACCGCCGUCGAGUAAUGGAAUUGCGGUGCAUACGCCACCUGGACCGCCUUUUGCACCGGGGGUUAAUGUUGUUCGUGCGGGCGGCAGUGGUGGUGGCGGUGGGGAUGGUGGUGAGAAGAAUGGCGGGUGGGGCGGGUCGAAUUUGGGGAAGGAUUUGCCAACGCCGAAAGAGAUUGUUCAGGGGCUUGAUAAGUUUGUCAUUGGUCAAACUCAGGCCAAAAAGGUGCUUUCGGUUGCUGUAUAUAACCAUUACAAAAGGAUAUAUCAUGGUUCGUUGCAGAAAGGGUCAGGAGUAGAAUCAGGAACAGCUAGCGUAGAAGAUGAUGACGAUAAUGUAGAGUUAGAGAAAAGCAAUGUACUUUUAAUGGGUCCAACUGGCUCCGGAAAGACGUUACUUGCAAAGACACUUGCUCGCUUUGUUAAUGUUCCAUUUGUCAUUGCAGACGCAACAACGUUAACACAGGCUGGUUAUGUUGGUGAAGAUGUUGAAUCCAUAUUACACAAGCUACUAACGGUUGCUGAGUUCAAUGUUCAAGCAGCACAACAAGGGAUGGUUUACAUUGAUGAAGUUGAUAAGAUAAUCAAGAAGGCUGAGAGCAUGAAUAUUAGCAGAGAUGUUUCCGGUGAGGGUGUUCAGCAAGCUCUACUGAAGAUGUUGGAAGGAACAAUUGUGAAUGUGCCUGAAAAGGGGGCCAGGAAGCAUCCUCGAGGCGAAAACAUUCAGAUAGAUACAAAAGACAUCCUUUUCAUUUGCGGUGGAGCAUUUGUAGAUUUGGAAAAAACCAUAUCCGAGAGACGACAGGAUUCUUCAAUUGGUUUCGGAGCACCGGUUCGUGCAAAUAUGAGAAGCGGUAAAGUGACCAGUGCUGCUGUGACAUCAUCUUUACUUAAUUCUGUUGAAAGUAGUGAUCUUAUAGCAUAUGGACUCAUUCCGGAGUUUAUAGGACGUUUUCCCAUUUUACUUAGUUUAUUAGCUCUAACCGAGGACCAACUUGUUCAGGUCCUCAUGGAACCCAAGAAUGCUCUUGGUAAACAAUACAAGAAGUUGUUUCAGAUGAACGACGUCAAAUUACACUUCACAGAGAAGGCAUUAAGAUUAAUUGCUCAAAAAGCAAUGGUUAAGAACACCGGUGCUAGAGGAUUAAGAGCCAUACUCGAAACUCUUUUAACCGACUCUAUGUAUGAGAUUCCAGAUGUCAAGACGGGAGAUGAUCGAAUAGAUGCAGUGGUGAUUGACGAGGAGUCGGUUGGGUCAGUAGAUAAACCGGGAUGUGGUGGAAAAAUCCUCCGUGGUGACGGUGCAUUAGAAAAUUAUCUUGCAAAGACCAAGUGUAAAGAACAAAUGGAAGCCGAUGGGCAGAUAUUGGAAGGUGAAGACGACGUUUCAUCAAAAGCCAUGAGUAUGUAAGAUCACAAGCGAUACAACUUUAAUCAAUUUUUAAAAUUAAUGUAGAAUGAAGUUUACUUUGUUGAUUGCAUUGUAAAAACCAUUCAUAAAGUGGUUGUAAAUUAUAUUUAUACAUGACGAUGUAGAACAGAAUAGCAUCUGAUUCGGGUCGGUAGGCAAGAAAAUAAAAAAAAAAAAGUUCGGAUUCAACUUUCCCUUUUAAAGCUGUAAACUGUAAACAAACUUCCUAAAUGCAAGGAUUCAAGCUGAUUUUCAUGGGCA